GUCGUGGUUCCUACACUCUACGGAGUGAUAGCGACCCUAGUUUCGUUUUGCCGAGCAGUCUCUAUCUAGCCUCGAAAGAAGGGCAAUCCAAUCCACUAGUAGUCGAGCAAUUGGGAAGCACUGUAUUGCAGCUGUUUUGCGUAGAUGCUGGAUGUGUCAUUUUCUGUGUUCGUUUAGCUUUUGCGUUUCGUGGUCUUUGUUAUUUCGCGUGUCAUAUAAUGAACCUUGUCGCCAUGUACUGAGCGGAGUGCUGGUGUGCACACAUUAGCUGGUGCAAGUACUGGCUGUGUACAAUGAGCUAUUGACGUUGGCUGUUUUUGUCGCAAUGCCAGCAAUCACCUGUGGCCGCCUGUGACCAACGAGCUGUGAUAUAAUGGUUGACAACCCUUUAUACCCCAUUUCAAUUAAUCUAAUGACUUCGUGCUUGUUUAUGUGCUGGUGGUAUUACUUGCUAAGCGACUGGAACGGAAUGAUGUUAAAAACAGUGUGCCUCGGAAAGCUUGUUUGCAACGAAGCAAUAGGUUUUACGUCAAAAUUACAUGUGGGACGCCAGAAAAUGCGCCUCGUCUCUUACGAAGUUGUCCUGUUGUUCGUGAUCGAGCCUGAUUGUAGCAUAGCUGUUCAAGCAGGCAUGCGAUUUUUGUAGUACCUUUUUGACACCGCUACUUUGCUACUUUUGAUUAGUGGAGGAAGGAAAUUACUUUAGGCCAGCCUCACUGCGUUUCCUCGAUAACUUAUCCGCUCUCUCUCUCUCGGUUGCUUCGCAGCUUUCCUCACUUUUUAGGCGAAAUGCGUUCACCAAUUUAGCAAGAAUGAAGCUGGCGACUGCCUCACUGCCGGAUUUGAAAGCGCUUGCCGGCGCCAUCAUCGAACAACAGGAGACAACGCAGGGAGAGAACAAGCUCAAGACAUUUUGCAGUGCCUACAGGCAGGGUACUAAAGUGCAGAAAGCUGAAUUUUUGCAGUUUCUUGCAAAGGAAUUCUAUAUUGACAGACAGCAGUUUGAGGCAUCUGCCAGGAGUUACUUAGAAGACACUCAGAAUGAGCCAGCAUUUCGCUUCAGAAAUGAAGGGCGCCUUGGAGCCCUACUCAUGCCAAAAUAUGUGUCGUUUCUUUCACAUUCUGGAAGGAAUGAAGGUGGCGUGAAGUUUCUUGUUGACAUGAGAGGCGAUUUGCUUGAUUUAAUACUGUCACUACCAACAGAAAACCCUUGCUUCUAUGACAUUCGGCACAUGAACAUCAUCCUUAAGGAUCUUUUGGCACUGUGGUUCACAGUGGGCUUCGUCAAAUUGGAGCGCAUCACGUGGCAGUCCUCCUGUGAAAUGCUGCAAAAGAUAUCGGAGUACGAGGCUGUUCAUCCAAUACGCAACUGGACUGACCUGAAGCGACGUGUGGGCCCCUACCGCCGCUGCUAUGUCUUCACGCAUAGUUGCAUGCCUGGCGAGCCCAUUGUAGUGCUACACACUGCCUUGACCAGCUCCAUCUCCUCUUCCAUUCAGAGGCUCGUUGGCCAUCGGCAUAGUCCCAAGGAACCUGAGCCACUUGAGGAUUGGGAAGACGAAAAAAUCAUUAAGUGUGCUAUCUUCUACUCAAUCUCGUCAACUCAGAAAGGUCUACAAGGUAUCGAGCUUGGGAAAUAUCUUAUCCAUAGUGCAGUGAAGAAGGUCAAGGCAGAGUUUCCUAAUGUGAAUGAGUUCUCAUCUCUCUCACCAAUUCCUGGCUUUAAGGAGUGGAUCAUGUCUGAAAUUAACAAGAUUCUCAGAGGUAAUCCCGAGGCAAGCAAGCUCUUCAAUCGUCAGCAGCUGGAGUCUGCUGUACAGCCAUAUAGUGAAAACAGGCGUCCACUGGAUGCGCUUCUGAUGUUGCUACGCAACAACGGCUGGUUCCACAUUCCUGAACUGGUUGCCCAGCUUCAGGCGCCUCUGAUGCACCUCUGUGCAUUAUAUCUCUACCAUGAGAAGCGGCGCGGUUAUGCUCUGAACAACGUUGCCAACUUUCACCUGAAAAAUGGUGCUGUGAUCUGGAGGCUAAACUGGCUGGGCGACGUUUCUCCCCGUGGGCUCUCAUCAUCUUGCUCCAUUAUGGUGAACUACAGGUACUACUUAGAGGACAUGGAUGACUACAGGCAUGCUUACGUGGAGAAUGGAACCAUCACAACUUCCGACAUGUUCAUGGAACAUCUGAAGCCUCUUCAGUCCUUGCUGUGAAGUCAAUUGGUGUUUAUUAUCUGUGUCUAGUGAAGAUGACACUGGAUGGUAUUGCCUGCAUUUUGGCAGCUCUCACCAAUGCAUUUUUGUGAGUUCAAUAUAUGUACUUGUUAUAUAGCAAUGACUCUCUUGAAGUGUCAAGAGCAGUGGAAUCGCUACAAAAGGAUUGCCUUUGCUGGCAAAAAUUGAUAGUUGAGGAUGUCAUCAGAAUUAGUUCAAGAAUGGCCAAUGAGAAAACUAAUUUAUUUAUUUUCACUAAUCAGAUUUUAAUUAUAAUUCAGAAAGUCACACAUACAAAACAUGUACACAAGAACAAGAAGUACAGCACAAACACUGUGUUUUAUUGCGAUAGCAAUUAUACCGACACUCCAGCGCGUUUAUGCCGUUGCCUUGAGGUUCUGUAUGAGUGAAAGCGUGUGAGAGUGAGCCGGAGAACGCAGUUCAAUCUCGCAUGCAUGAGCGAGGAACACGGCUCGGAUGCAUGCCCUCUCCUGUCGCGCGUGAGGCAGGGAGGUCAGGCAAGGGAGGAGGGGCAUUCUUCUCUGGCUGCUGCUAGGGUGCCUCAAUGUCCUCCUCACCUGCCGCUUUGUACAGAAUGGAAACAAUUGCAGCGUCUACUACAGCGUUGGCCGCACGAAUCUUGGCCGCCGUAGUAGAUGACUUUGGCAGUGUAGGGAUGUGUUGCCGGCGCUCGCGUUUUUUGAAAGCGAUCUGCGACGUGGCCAAAGUACGUGCCCGCGCGGGUCUCAUCUUCAAAGCAUUCUGCAAUGUUUGCAGAGUGCGCAUAGUGCCGGUAGCUUCAUAUGUGCUGUUCUUUCAAUGUUCUGUUCGCGUUGAAGCAAGAGAUGCAUGAAGGUCAAUUCGCUUGCUGCUGCUGUGCGAUUCCUCACUCCAGAAUUUUGACAGAGAGUUUCUGGGCUCAUCGAGCGAGACAUGUUCACGUUUACCUGUGCGUGCGUGACACCAUGCUGGUUAAUUUAGUUCAAACACGUUGCCAGGCUAGUUGGUUGAAUCCAUGAGAGAUAAUGUGUAAGCGUGACUGAACAAGGACGUAGACAGAAGCAGACACACAAAGACAGCACUGUCUUUGUGUGUCUGUUUCUACAUCCUCGUUGAGUCACACUUACACAUUCUAUCAUUGUUUUUUCUUGUGUCCAUAUUCUCUAAGCUAGCCUUUCUGAGCCUUAAAUCAUUGCCAACUUGCUCUGCUUUCAGGCAUUUUAUUAACUUUGUUGUACAUACUACAGUGGUGAAAUUCAAGCCUGCCUGCUCAAGCCAGACACAUACAGGUCCUGAGGCUAGCACCAAUUUUGAGUGAGCCAUCUAAGAACUUGCAGAAAAAUGCAUUGGUGUCCUACCUAUCAUUUUCUGACAAAGCCUUUCUUUUGCGAUGUGAAACAAAACUACGUGGCACAUGACUGCCUUUCGUCGCCAGUUUUGUGGACAUAUGUCCCAAAAUGGUGCUAUCAUCAGAAUUCCUGCUUAAUGUACAUGUCUUGACACUGUUCAUCACCAACUGGCUUUAGAUCCACAGAUGCAGUAUGCAUGCUGAUGUUACUUUAAGAAAUAGUUAGUGGAAAUUGUUAAAUAAGGAGCGUACUGGAAGUAAUUACAGAAUUUUAGGUGUCUACUGCUGCUGUGAAAUUAAGCCAGUAAAAAUUAUAAUCUUAUGUCAGGUGUCUUAAAACACUUUGGCCAUGCAUUGGCCUCACCAGGUCUGGCCAUGUUGAGCUGACAAGCGCAGAGCAUACAAUGCGUGCUAGCAAUGGUGUUUGCAAAGAAUUACAUUGCUACGCACCACGGAAAGGUCUAAAAUUUCAAUCCGAACGCUGUUUUCCCUUUACUUCGCGGCGACCGCGCUCCAACCCGGACGGUGACGUACUCGUGUCCCUGCACCUACGUACUCGUGUCCGCAGUGUGGCGUCGCUCAUGGUGACACGUGACUUCGAGAAUUAUUCAACGCAACAUCUCUUAUUUGUGUGAUCUGUUGCUUGAAUUAAUGAAUUGAAGUUUAGAGAAAUAAUAAAACACACAAACGGAAUGUCCGCAUUUUUUUGGUUUACUUCGCACCGAAGCAAGAGAGAUCUACUUCCGCUUUGUCUGUUUGUUCCCACGGUCGUGCAGUCACGUAUGCAGGUACCAAAACUAUACCAUUUUCUACCGUGUUCCAGUGUGUGAUCAUGCUCUAUGAUCCGCUUGCUCUGCUUCAGUAUUCGUGUAGCACUGAAUUAUACCGCUAGUCAUGCGUCCUUGUGCACAGCGCGCAAAAUCGUGCAUUGCAUGAAACGAGACAAUUACAACAGCUCGCAUAACGCCAUCAGCAAAAGUGCGCAGCGGCGGGGAAAAAAAAAGUGAGGAGAAGAAAAAUCAAGGCAGAACCCGUGGUGUACGUGUCACGCGAUCUUCGAGGUCCAGUAUGGGAGAACGCAGGGAAGGAAUUUCGCUUGCGGAGGCUAGACAGGGCGAGUGGAGAGAGCGUCUCGCUCGGCAGUGGAGCUUGCCUCCUGAAAUCAUGGGUUCGCAGCUGAAAUAUUUCUAUCUUGGCUAUUAAUGAGCCAAUUUAAAAAUGUUUGCAGCAGAAAGCUCCCUAGAGGACACGUAACAACCUCCAGCAUAUAACCAAAAUUUUCUAUGGGGCCUGGUGAGGGGCCCUUUAAACUCAUUCAUUCUUUACUGAACCGCCUCGUACUUCACUGGCAGCAGUUCUUGAGCUACCGCCAGGCUCCAGCAAAACUUUGCAUUUCUUAUUCCUACAAUUAAGAAGAACAACUUUAUUGAAACAUAAAUCUGAGUGGUGUCUAUGGGUGGAGCCCCUAUUCCAGUGCCCAACUGGCUUCUGUGGCUCGCCGGGCCUGGUCGAGGGUCACCAGCUGGCUUCCCAAGUCCAGUUCGGUGAGUCGCGCCUCCCAUGACCAGUUAGCGAGUGAGUCUGUGAUUAGCGACGAGACGGCAUGUUCCGGGCGCCUCGGGCAUUCGUAUAUGAUGUGCUGGAGUGUCAGUGUGUCUUCACACCAGGCACAUUUGUCUUUGUGUCUGUCGGGGCCUACAGUGAAAGAGACACAAAAGGAAAUCGUUACGUUAAGGUAGGUUGGUCAAUUAUAAUUGGGAAAUUGCAGGCAGGUGGUUUUACUGAUACUACUUGCUGCAGAAUAGAGAUCUGGUUUGCCAGAAAAUUACUAAGUGAAAUACAGUAGUAUUGCCUGCACUACGUAGCAGUGGAAGCUUUCAACAAGUAUAGUAAAAUUUUUCAGCAAGGCUGAGUUAAUUUGAUGACGGUAGUUUGUUAACUACCACUUUUCUACUUCCUCACCUCUGAAAACCUGGAGCAGCUCAUUACAUGUUAACAAAUUGUAGGAGCACCUGGUCGAUUCUAGGUAAGUGCUGGUUAUAUAUGAAGAAAGAGAUAACAUUGUAUUUUAACAUAUGCGAAAACUCAGCAUGACAGCUUUUGUAAACCAUUUUUUGCACAAACGCAACAUCUCUGACGUCGCAUAACGACAUCACCACCAUUGCAGUUUGGGCCUUAAAUCUAAUAAUGGAAGUUCAUCCCUGUUUUGCCUCUCUAAUGAGUCAUGUUUUGUCACUGAACCAGUGCAGACACAAAGCUGAAGAAAAAUAAAAUAUAAAAGUAAUCUGUCGGCCUGGCCUAGUUUAGCGUUUCCGAUUUCAUGUCCUUUUAAACUCGCAUAGCCCAGUGGGUGUGAAAUAGCCGACUGUAGCCAAGUUAGCGUCAGCCAUUAUGGUGUGUUUUUUUCACUUAGCGGCGAUUUUUUACCGCUUUUUCAGACAUGACCAAAAAACUUGCCUGUUCAGUAAAAAUGAGCAAGACGAUUUGUGCUUGACUGUGUCAGAAGCAAUGUUCGUUAUGUUACGAGGUUAAAAAAGAAAGACCUCUAUCUAUAAAUGAUGUCAUUUUUGUUUCCUCACUGCUGUGCCUCCAGCAUAUUCAGCAGUACAAGCAUAAAGAUAUUGUUGUUUACCUAUUUUUCACAUGUAAAUAAAGAAAUUAAAUAGCUAGAAUGUGUGUGUGUGCUCUAGUCUCAGAUGCCUUUUUUUUUAUAUAUACCACAUUGGACGGGCACAAAUUUGAGCUCUGCAGGGACAGCAUCUGCACCAAUGUUGGCAACCAGCCCAGUAUCUUUAGGCUUAUGCAAAUACAAUGCAUUUUACAUGAACACACAGGUAAUGAGACAUUUGAAGGGACACUGGAGAGAAACACCAAAAUACACUUGGAGAACUCCAUUUUUGUUGAUUUCGCUUUAAUAAGUUGAUUGUUAGAAGUGAAAAUUAAGGUUAAUGUUCCAGUUAUUGAAUUUCACACUGUUACCACAGGGCUUUUAUGUCAGUGUGAAGACAUGGAUUUGAAACUAUUACUUUGCAUUUGGCCUGAAUAAACUUGAUAAGUUCA